ACUGGCAGCAUUUCAAACAAGGAAAACACAUGGUGUGCAUUCGCAAAAGGAUCGGAGAUUUGUUUACUAUUUUCCACGAAUUCAAACACACUUUUAAUUAGCUGAGAGAUUCAAGGUAUUUUUGAGGAUGGCAUCCCUACUUCAGCAGAUUGUAAAUGGAAAUGAAAGCAGUUCUUUGGUUGUUGUACAAGAUUCUGUGGAUAUCAGUGGUAGACCUUUACUUCGAUGUCUUACAAAUGUUCUUGCCAGCAGGGUGGAUCAAGUUCAUGUUUUUAUGUUUGACCGCUCACCGACAGUAUUCUUAUCUGGAUUUGACCCAGCUGUGAGGUCAAAGGUCACAUGUCAUGAUGGAUGGUCAGACCCUUUGGAGUGGAAUGGUGUUAGUUCUUCAGAGGACCACAACCUGCUCCACUUCAGCACACUGACAGAUUUCCAAUCCCACUUAGAGCAUCACACAGUCACAGGAACCCAAACCAUCGCCGUUAUCAUUGAUUCUCUUUCUCCAGUCAUCUUACAUAAAUCAGUCACGAUGGUCUGUAAAGCACUGCAUCAACUCGCACACUCUUCUGAUUGGGAAGGUCCUGAGAUUUCACAAGUGAUAUGUCUCCUACAUCAAGACGUUCAUGAUGUAUCAGCCACAAGCGCCAUCUGUCACCUAGCGUCGUCAGUUCUAUACUUAGAACCAUACCGGUCCAUAGCUCCUAUUCAAGAAGAACCCACGGCACUCUGUGAGUUAGUACAUAGAAGGAAAUCUGGGAAAGUUAUACGAAUAAGAGAAGGUUUCAGUGUUGAUCAUGAUUACCAGCUGUUUGUGUUUCCAGACAAAGGAACAGCAAACCUUGAAGUGGAGUCUGAUCCACAGCCUGACCCGACAGCGAACCUAACCUUUAACUUGACAUUGAGAGACUCGGAAAGACUAGCGAAAGACAAAGUCGUCUUGCCAUACACCAAAGUACAAGAAAGGCGUACAAUAAAAAUCGGCAGCACGGAGGGAUCGGGGAAGAUAUUUUACGAACCGGACGAGGCUGACGAUAUGGAUGAGGAAGACCCUGAUGAUGAUCUAGACGUUUGAUGAACAAGAACUUCUGGAUUCAUACAUUAGCAGAGAACGAUUUCGUCCACCAAUUUUGCAUGGCAGAAGGCAAAAUAUAUAGACUGAACAAGUUUUGUGCAGACUAAAUGCUGAUAUUCAGUAGCAACUGACGAUUGUUGAGUAGCAACUGAUACAAUUUGCUUCGCUAUGCAAGGGAAAUCGUUCACUGAUCAAAAUUGAGCGUCAUCUCAUAGGCAAACAAAACUGUCUCUCAAUUUGUUGACAAACAUCAACAGACGAUAUGCAUUUCAUUGGACAUCAGAAGAGUGGAUUAUGCUGUAUCAGUGGACUGUGAACAUUAUUUGUUGAACUAUUUGCCUGAAAAUGUGCUCGUUUUAUUUAGCUCAAUAGACUUUUAUUGAGCGUUUAGAAUGUGGUUUCUUUUAAUAAGAGUGUAUUCAUAGAAAUCUUACCCAAAACAAAAAGUGGUAGAAUUCCGAAAGAUUUUGAUGAACUUGGGAUAUUGCCUUGCCAGACCACCUAGAAAAGUCUAAAAAAAUCUAUCCCAGGUUUUGCUUUAAAAUCCUGCUGCAUUCAGUACUGCAGUGCAUAGCCUAAACCAACUAUGCGUGGCAGAUCAAAGCCCCUAACUGUGGGGGUUAAGCUACCAUGUAGUGAAGGGAUUGAAUGAAUAGAUGGAUUGCAAUACGGGAAAAGUGCACGCACAGCGCGUACACGUGUGCACUUUUCCCCUUGUUAAUACAUCAAAGAUGGCGAUCGAUGACGCGUAUUGUAAUCCAUCUAUUGCUAGUAACACUAAGUGUACCUAAGUAGAGUUGAUCUGUGUUGUGUUUCAUUUUGGUUAUUAUUUUAUUCACAAUAUACAUAGCUGUGUGGUGUUAAUUAAAACUAAUGCAUCGAAAAUGUAGUGUACUGUUGGGCUGAAUAAUAACUGUAAAAGAAGUCAACAAAGUGUUCAGUUUUAGUGUGCAAGAGGCAACAGGGAAACCCUUAUAGGUCUCCAGAACAACUGAUCUGAGCUGAGGAAGGCAAAGUCACAACUCUACUAAUUUGCUAAAGUAGUAGUCCCAGCCUAUUUCUGUACCAUCUGCCCAGGUAAUAGUUAAUAAGCAGGACAGUUCUUUUCAG